GUAGACAUUUUUGACCCACAUUUGAGUUCCAGGGUUAAUAAAUGAGCUGUUGUUCAUCAUUCUACCGCUAGUGGCGCCUAAGAGCGGCUGUUUCACGAUGCUACCAUUAGAGGCGCCACAGAGCGGUCGUUACAUCAUCCUAUCGCUAGAGGCGCUGCAGCGCAAGCGCGCACCCGACGCGCGCCUCUCUCCUCACGGCAUUCCAUAGCUGUCUGAGAGAGACUGAGAGAUGAGAGAGGGAUGCUACGGAAAUGCUUCCCUCACCACGGAAAAUACGCUGCUAUAAACACCACGGAACAACAGAACGUGACUGAAAUUCCCCAAACGAAGACAAUCAACCAGGUGAUGCCAAAAGACCAGGAUGGAGAGAUAUCAACGUAUACAGAGCCAAAAUGGCACAUUUUAGAAUUGUGAACUGUUGAGGUAGAAGGUCACCAUCAGCAAUCUGGACCUUGCAUUGGAGUUUUUCUUUUUUCUUUUAUUUAUUUAUUUUUUUCCUUCUGGAAAAACCUUCUGGAGCUUAGUAUAUUGCACCACCUUUUGACCCUGCUCUUCCAGACGGUGGUAAACCUGCUGCUGAAGUCAUAUCUCCUAUCAAUAUGUUUGGUUAAGACACUUUAAUGUCUGUAUACCUGGAAAAUCGAUCUUUAGUGUUCUCGGACUGUUGAAGAGCUUUGGAUCAAGAUGUUUACCGCUCUGAAGAAGUUGGUGGGCUCUGAAGCAGGGCAGCUCAGGGACAGAAAUAUUCCCUCUGGCCUGCAAUCCAUGAACCAGAGUCUACAGAGACGAUUCGCCAAGGGCGUGCAAUACAACAUGAAAAUCGUCAUUCGUGGAGACAGGAACACAGGGAAAAGCGCACUUUGGCAUCGACUUCAAGGCAAAAUGUUUCUAGAGGAGUACAUCCCCACCCAGGAGAUACAGGCCACCAGCAUUCACUGGAACUACAAAACAACAGAUGAUGUAGUGAAAGUUGAAGUCUGGGAUGUGGUAGAUAAAGGAAAAGGGAAGAAACGUGGGGAGAAUUUGAAACUGGAAAAUGAACCUCAAGAGUCGGAAGCAGAGCCCGCUCUCGAUGCAGAGUUCCUGGAUGUGUAUAAGAACUGUAACGGCGUGAUUAUGAUGUUUGACAUCACCAAACAGUGGACGUUCAAUUAUAUCCUGAGGGAGUUGCCAAAAGUGCCAACACACAUCCCUGUGUGUGUCCUGGGUAACCAGCGGGAUAUGGGCGAGCAUCGGGUCAUCUUACCCGAUGACAUCAGAGACUUUAUCAACCGUCUGAACAGACCUCCAGGCUCCUCCUACAUCCACUACGCCGAGUCCUCCAUGAAGAACGGCUUUGGUCUCAAAUACCUCCAUCGCUUCUUCAACAUUCCCUUCCUGCAGCUGCAGAGGGAGACUCUGUUACGGCAACUGGAGACGAACCAGCUUGAUAUUGAAGCCACACUAGAGGAGCUCACUGUACAACAGGAGACAGAGGAUCAGAACUAUGACAUAUUUCUUGAGAUGAUGGAAGCACGCAAAGCUUACGGAUCUCCGGCACCCUCUAAUGGCGAGAGCCCGUCGUCAGGCUCCCAGUCUCCUGUGGUGCUGCCUGGUGCGGCGUAUCCCAGUAACCCCAGUCCCAGUACCCCACAGGCUCCCCUCCCUCCCCAGACCCAGUCUGUACCUGCACCCCCUCCAGCUAUACCACACCCUUCUUCCCAGAGCACAGCCGCACAUGUACCCCAGACAUUAUCACAAACUUUGGAGACAUCUGCCCCCACAAUGAUCCCUGCUACUGCCCAACCAGCACCUCCUCCGGCCCAAAAACUAGGGUUCAUCUCACGCCUGUUUAGAUCUUCAACUGCCGACAAUCCAGCAGACAAAACGGAAUCUAUGAGUUCUGAAGCACCGAAGCCUACUGGAAAGGUGCAGAGUGUGGAUGACUUUGUGCCGGAGGUGGGCUUGGACCGGAACUUUCUGGAAGAUGGUGGAAAAGCAGCAGCAUCUGCAGUUAAAUCAAAGAGCAAACUUCCAGCAUCAGCUCUAGACAGUGACAGUGAUGGUGAGGGGCGGGGAAAUCCUCUGGUCUCCGGUUUCCAGGACGAUUUAGAUCCGGAUGACAGAGUGCCUUGUCAGCCUGCCAUUAAAGCGGUGGUCCCAAGCAAGGACAUCACCCUCACGAGUGAUGAAGAGAAGGAAGAUUCACCUGUACCCUCAGCUGCACAGAACAGGGGCAUCAGUGCUGGACUUAACACAAAGGGAUCAUCAGUGAACUCACUCAGACAGCAGCAAACCAAGUUAAAACCAGCCGAGAGACCACAAAGCCUAAAAACUACAGCAGGUCCUGCAGUGCAGCGACAAGGUCAAAAGACAGGGGGCGCUAUUGAGGCACACUCAGAUUCAGACCAUGAAGUUCCAGUCGCUCAGCAGAUGCUUUCAUUUGUUAUGGACGACCCUGACUUUGACAUCGAAGAGCAUGACGUACCCCAGGUCAAGAAGGAUGCUUUUCCAGCACGAGAUCACGUAUCUGACAGGUCAGAUUAUGGUUUUGUGUUAGCUGGACUCCCAGAGCCCCCCAGACCAGUUGCCCCCUCAUUUAACAGUGACAUUGACUUGUUCGGCCUGGGGUUUGAAGAGACUACACCUAAGAACAAAGACAGCAGUGAAGACCAGGAAGAUAAUGAAAGCAGACACUCCACAAAGGACAAGAAAAAGAAGAAAAAGAAAAGCAAAGAGGAGGAUGAGAAAAGCAGCAAGAAACGACACAAACAUAAGAAAAAGGAAAAAGAUGAGUGUGGCAUAGGGGACGAGAAAGAAAAGAAAAAGAAGAAAUCAUCAAGGACCAAGAAAACUGGAACUGUGGACGAUCUGGAGGCUUUCCUUGCAGGUGGAGAGGGACAAGGAAACAGUGAGAGCGGAGACUACGAAGAACUGUAAAACGCCAUCCGACCAAUCAGGGUUUGAUAUCAACACCAACUGUGUGACAUCGCCAGGUCAUUGUCCAAUCCAUUCCACCACGGUUUUGCAGUGCCUAACCUUUUUAUUUCCAACAGUGUUGCUUCAAAUGGUCCUGAGUUUAUUCCGUUAUUAACUGAUACAAACUCGUUCCACAAAGACUUGAAGUUUGACACAUUUUAGCUUUAUUGGUUUUGUAUGUACAUACAUGUUAUUGACAGCUUUUGGUGCAUUUGCGUAUGCUAGAACACACAGUUAAUGGUACAUUUUCAUAUAAAACAGUACAGAUGGGGAAAAAUAAGCAAAACUUUUCAUGCAACUCUGCACACCAAUAUUCCACAUUGGGCCUCAUACUGUACAUGAAGCACGGGAAGGUUGCAUUUGUGCUCAUAAAAUGUUUCUUACAUAAAUUGUCACAUUGAAUGGUUUUUACGAAUGAUUUACACUUCUAUAAUGAAUACAUCAUUUUUAAAAUCAUUAUUACUCAGACUGUCCAAUUUAAUUCAAUGCAAAUUAAGUAAGAAUGGUUUUGACGCUGCAAACAGAAAUUUGUCCAAAUUUGUAAAAUCAUUGUUACUUAAAUUGUCCCAUUUAAUAUUUAUUAGCGUUGCAAAUCAGGAAAUGUUUUGGCAUCAAAUUAUCCAUUACUGUAUUGAUGAAAAUGAUAUAGACAAAUGAUAUUUUACUCACGCAUGUAAAGAUAUGUACAUAACAAUCGUAAAACUUAAAAAAUUAUUGCAUUUAAUAAUUGGCAGCAGUUUAGUAAAUAAUUACUUUAUGAACGAUUUACACAGAAAUUCAUUCUGCUUAUGUUUUAUGAAAGAGACAAUUGUUUGCUUGUAAUUACCACACCUCCACAUGUUUUCAUCCUAUAUUGAUUAGUGAUAGCCAAGUAAUUUUGAUCGCUAUGAAUUAGAUUGGCUCCAGGUUAAGUGGCAGGAACACAACUGAGUUUAAAAGUGGUUGUUGUUUACACAGACAUUUUUUAUAAAUCGCUUGAGAAAAUAUUCUCACAGUCAAUGCAACAAUUUACGCACAAAUGUUUUUUUUUACUUGCACAGAAAUUUGUUUUCCUUGUGUUUCAUUAAUCCUUUGAAAAAUCUUUCUUAUGUAAAAUGUCACUUUCAGUUCAAUCCAACAAUUUACAUAGUUUUUUUUAUGCAGUAAACAGAAAUGUAUUCAAAAUGUAUUCUGUUUCAUAAAUUACUCUUACUUAAAUUGUCCCUUCAAUUCGGUGCAAAAAUGUAUGUAAAUGUGGACAGUUUACACUGAAAUUCGUUCUUAUGUUUCAUGAAACGUUUGAGAAAGCAAUCUUACGUAAAUUUGUUCCAUUCAAUUUAAUGCUCCAGUUUACACAUGUAUUUAUUUAUGAAUGAUGUACACAUAAAUUUGUUCUUUUCAUGUUUCAAUUCCUAAAAUCAUUCCCAUUCAGUUCAGUCCGAUAAUUUACAUAAGAAUGGUUACGAUGUACACAAUUCGCUUCAUUUGUGCUUCAUGAAUGAGUCCCAGUGUCUUCCAGAUGCUUCCAAAUUGCAACAAUUUACGUAAGGAGUUUUUUGGGGGUUUUUUACUGUUAAUUUACACCAAAAAAAAUUUCUGUUUAUGUUUCAUAAGUUGUUUGCAAUUUUGCGUAAAUGCGUAAAAAAGGCUCAAUUUAGGUUUUUUUACAGAAAAUUUUCAAAGAAAUGUUUCAUAAUUCAUUCAAGAAAAUAUUCUCCCAGUCAAUGUAACAAUUUACACACAAAUGUUUGUUUUUUUUACUUGCGCAGAAAUUUGUUCUGCUCAUGUUUCAUUAAUCAUUUGUAAAAUCAUUCUUGUAAAAUCAAUCAUAAAUUGUCACUUUCAGUUCAAUCUAACAAUUUACAUGUUUUGAAUGUUUUUUUAUGCUUUAAACAGACAGUCAUUCAAAAUUCAUUAUGUUUGAGUAAAUGUUUAAGUAAAUGUUAUUUACGGACAGUUUACGCAGAAAUUCAUUGUGCUUAUGUUUCAUUCGAGAAAGCAGUCUUGCUUAAAUUUGUUCCAUUCAAUAUAAUUCCCCAAUACAUGUUUUGUUUUUAUUUUUACAAAUGAUUUACACAUAAAUUUGUUCUGUUUGUGUUUCAUAAACCGAUUCAGUUCAAUCCAACAGUUUACAUAAGAAUGGUUGCGAUGUACACAAUUCGCUCCACUCGUGCUUCAUGAAUGAGGCCCAGUGUCUUAGGAAUGUCUUCCAGAUGCUAUUUUGAACAGUUCCUGAAGCUCUUCAUACUUUAGCCUCUCAAAUGAAUCAUUCUGUUGCAUAAUUCUAUUUAAUAACAUACAGUGCUGUGAAAAAGAUUUCUUCUGCUUUUGUGUGUAUCUCAUACUAAACAGUUUCAAAAAUUCAAACACAAUCUAACAUAAAAAGGCAAUCUGAAACACAAAAUACAGUUUUUAAAUGAUAAUGUUAUUUAUAGAAACAGAAAAGUUAUCCAAUACCAACUGGGCCUGUGUGAAAAAUUAUUUAACUUAGUUACUAAAUCCCCAAAUCUAUGAAACUGCAUUCAUAAUGGGGUUCAGCUGGAGUAGACACACCAAGACCUGAUUACUGCCAGUCCUGUUCAAUCAAAUCAACACCUUAAUAAAACUUUUUCAGCAGCAUGAAGUUUGCUAAAUGGUCUCACCCAGUAGCACACUAUGCCAAGGUUGAAAGAAAUUCCAGAAAUGAUGAGGAAAACGGUGAUUGAAAUACAUCAGUCUGGGAAGGGUUACAAAGAUAUUUCAAAGGCUCUGGGACUCCAAAAAACCACAGUGAGAUCCAUUAUCUCCAAAUGGAGAAAACUUGGCACAGUAGUGAACCUUCCCAGAAGUGGUCAACCUUCCAAAAUUCCUCAAGGGCACAGCGACGACUCAUCCGGGAAGUCACUAAAAAGCCAAGGACAACAUCCAAGGAACUGCAGGCCUCUCUCACAUGAAUUAAGGUCACUGUUCAUGACUCCACUAUCAGAAAGACACUGGACAAAAAUGCCAUCUAUGGAAGAGUGGUGAGGCGAAAACCACUGCUAACCCAGAAGAACAUUAAGACUUGUCUAAAUUUUGCCAAAAUGCACAUUGAUGAUCCUCAAACCUUUUGGGAGAAUAUUCUGUGGACUGAUGAGUCGAAAGUGGAACUGUUUGGAAGACGGGGUCCCACAGAAUACCACAAAAAGAACAUCAUACCUAGAGUGAAGCAUGGUGGUGGUAGUGUGAUGGUGUGAGGAUGCUUUGCUGCUUCAGGGCGACUCGCAAUAAUUGAGGGAAACAUGAAUUCUGCUCUCUACCAGAAAAUCCUAAAGGAGAACGUCCAGUCAUCAGUCCGUGAGUUGAAGCUCAAGUGCAACUGGAUUAUGCAGCAAGACAAUGAUCCAAAGCACAGGAGUAAGUCCACCUCUGAAUGACUCAAAAGAAGCUAAAUUAAAGUUUUGGAGUGGCCUAGUCAAAGUCCUGACUUGAACCCGAUUGAGAUGCUGUGGCAGGACCUUAAACGGGCAGUUCAUGCUCGAAAACCCUCCAAUGUGGCUGAACUAAAGCAGUUCUGCAAAGAAGAGUGGGCCAAAAUUCCCCCACAGCGUUGUGAAAGACUGAUCUCCAGUUAUCAGAAGCGUUUGGUUACAGUUGUUGCUGCUAAAGCUGGCACAACCAGCUAUUAAGUUUAAGGGGGCAGUUAGUUUUUCACAUGGGUAAAUAAAAAAUAUAUGUUUGAAAACUGUAUGUUGUGUUUACUCAGGUUGCCUUUGUUUUAUGUUAUAUCUCGUUUGAAGAUCUAAAACAAUUUAGUAUGAAGAAUACACAAAAAUAGAAGAAAUCAGGAUGGGGUCAAAUAUUUUUUCACAGUACUGUAAGCUUCUUAUGCUGCCAUCAGUUCCCUUCUAUUUAUGCCUUAAAUUGUUCAACACUUAACAAAACGAAAGCCUUCAUGAAACAGUUGCCUGUUGAGUAAUAGCUCUAACAUACUGCUAAUAUUUUCAGAGUUAAUGAUAGCUGGAUAGACACUACACCACAGCGAUCGCAAUCAAAAUUUAUGAAAAGAAGCCAACAAGCAGUGUUGGUCAUAUUGUCUUUUUGACAAUUUGUAAUUAUGCAGUUAGUAAACUGGUAUUAUUAAUGACUAAACAUAGUUUUUUAUUUAAAAAUUGUACAGUUUCAUUAUCAUAGUUUCUGAUUCCAGACAGCAUUCCCAAAAUUUUGUUCUGGUGUCGAGAAAACAAAACAUCAUGUUCUUUCCCCCCUUCCUCACAUUGUCUAUUUGCCAAGUCUUUUCUGGUUAAUAUAUAUGUUUCUUUUGCUGUAGAUUAAUGGCUUGUGUGCUUUAAAAUUGAUGGUAGUUGUGUUGUAGAUCUAGUGUUUAUAUAUGGAUCGUCAGAUUAUUCUCAAUAACUCCUUCAUGAUGACAGGUAAUUUACAAACUAAACAUGGAAGUUAUCUAAAAUUAUCUCUCUUUUUUUUCUGUUUACUGUUACUGUUAUUUCUGUUAUUGUUUUCAACUCACAGCCACGUCCGUAAAUUUGUAAAAUUCUUAAGCAUAUAAUAGUGCAAUUAUUGUCAUAUUUUGAAUGCAUACAUUUCUACUAUUUAAUAUUUUCGGUGCAAAUUGAAGAAUGUUUUAGACUCAAAUUAUCAAUUAAAGUAUUGAUGAAUGAAAAAUAUAAAGACAAAUUAUUGUUAACUCAUAAUGGGCCUCAUUCAUGUAAGUCAUUUAUAAAAUCAAUGGGGGGGGAAAAAAGUUUGUAAAACUAUUCCUUAAUCAAUUAUUCCAAUUAAUUUAGUGUGACAUGUUUGGUAAAGAACUGUUUAAAUUAUAACAAAAAAUGUAUUGCUAUGAAUUAGAAUGUAGUGGAAUUUAGCGGAGGGAAAUUAGUUUCUGAAAUAGUUUUGCGUUCCCUCACAAUACCUUUAACAACAAAAACAAAAAAAAAAAAAAAAAAUAACCAUGGUUUUACUACAGUAAGCAUAGUUUAACUAUGAAAUUUGUAGUAAAACCAUAACCAUAAUAUGUACCAAGGUUUUACUAUAUUUGUAACCAUAUUUUUCCCAUGAUAUAGUAAUAAUAAUAAUAAUAAUAAAAAAAAGCAAAUAAAAAUAAUAAUAAUUUUGCCGAAAAACAUUUGACUGUUUUACUGUAGUAACUCCAUGGUUAAGUUGUGGUGCAUGUACCAUGGUUUAAAAAAAAUGGAUACAUUGUUACUGCAGGUUUACUAUAGUGAAACCAUGGUUAAUUUUCAUAAGGGCAUGUUUUUUGGUGGAAACCAGAAAUUAACCAUGGUGUUAGUGUAGCACAACUUUAGUAACUAUGCUGUUUUUGGCAGAAUGAUUAGGGGUUUCAUUACCAUAGUCCAUUACCAUUUUUUCGGUAUUAUUACUAUAGAUUGAAAGUUUCCUAUAGAGAAAGACUCCUUUUUGAUGUUACUAUAAGGUGAUCCGUUCACCUUGGCAUCAUGGACAGCAUUUGAACUCUUGUGGAUUUGACCCAAAGAGGCAACUGCAGUGUUGACAGCAGAAUGUUUCUAUCGGUUAUCCCAGAACACGGAGAAUUUGUGGUUUCAAAGAUGGAACUUAAGCAUGAAUAUGUUGGACUACUAAGGAACAAAGAUCAUUCAGCCCAACCUGAACUGCAGUAACUGACCGUUAACUAACUAACAGUACCUUUAAAGACAGAUUGCUGCAAAUUCCUGUCUUUUCCGACCAUCAUCUGUGUCUAAGGUUGUUGCAAAUCGAGCAUGCUGUCGGCUACACACAUGCCGCUAAGCUCAUGUGAUGCAUCACGCUGUCACCAUGGAAGCCACACGCCCGGGAGAAUUGACUCUACGUACACUCUCACUGUGAUAAAUAGUCUCGCUUUCCUGGAUUUAUGAGUACACUGUUGACUACUCUCACCCCAAACCAGCAAAAAGGGCACAAGUGUGCAUCUCCUUUUUUACUCUGCCUCAAGUAUGAUUGCCUCCUAAAGACCCUUGAUUUAUUGAUUUUUUUCGGUUUGGCAUGCAUUUUUUCGCUGAACAAGAAAAGGUUAGAAGAAAUGAAUGUAUUGAUGAUGAAUUAGUUCUGGCUGGUUGUUGGACUCUGCAUGCAACAUACUUCCAUCUCAGCAUUUUGGACCUCAUUGGAUUUCCUGGAAAUGUGUUUUGAAUGUGUGGAAAUGCUAGUUACAUCGGUUUUAUUUUAUUCAUCCAGCUGCAUAUACUUUCCAAAGCCUUCGUGUUUAUUUGGCCAUUAAUGGUUGUAUACAGCAUGCUUAUUUAUUUUUGUUACCCCAUUUCACUACCCUCAGUGUUCGUAUUUGAUUUGUGUGUUUCAGUUGUGUAAUAAAUGCAAAAGACAUUUAACAAGAUUUGAAGUGUCAGACUGCUUUUGACUAUUUGUUUGUCUCUUGUAAUGAUGAUUUGUGUUCGUGAAAAUAUAUAAUGAAAGUUUUGGCUUCACAGUUUUGGUGUGAUUUUAGUUAGAGUGCUUACAAGGCAGCAAUGUAUUGGAUUUUGUGUACUUUUUUGUUGUUUUUAAUUGUCCUCAAUUUGGAAAACAAUUUUCUUAAGUUUAAUGUCGUCUGUACCACUAAACGUACCGACUCAUUACAUUUACAUUUACAUUUAUUCAUUUGGCAGAUGCUUUUAUCCAAAGCGACUUACAAAAGAGGAACACAUAUGCGAAUCAUCUUAAGGAGACAGUGGUACGAAAAAGUGCCAUAUUACAAAGUUUCACUAGCAUCACAAUAGUAUUCAAAACAGAUUAAAGCGCACAGAUAAGUGCUCAUGGAAAAGAUGUGUUUUCUCAGCUUCACGGAUGGAGUUGGGAAGGUCGUUCCACCAACAUGGUAUGAUGAAGCUGAAAGUCCGGGAAAGUGUUUUGGUGCCUCUUUGUGUUGGUACAACAAGGCGCCGCUCAUUAGCCGACCGCAGGUUUCUAGUGGGCGCGUAGCUCUGCAGAAAUGAUUUUAGGUAUGCUGGAGCAGACCCAGUGACUGUUCUGUAUGCCAGCAUCAGAGCCUUGAAUUUGAUACGUGCAUCAACCGGCAACCAGUGGAGAGAGACAAGGAGUGGUGUGACGUGCUCUCUUUGGUUCAUAAAAGACCAGACAUGCUGCUGCAUUCUGGAUCAUUUGCAGGGGUCUAAUUGCACAUGCAGGGAGGCCUGUAAUGAGAGCGUUACAGUAGUCCAGUCUAGUUAUGACAAGUGACUGGACAAGAAGUUGUGUGGCAUGUUCAGAGAGGAAGGGUCUUAUCUUCCUGAUAUUGUAGAGUGCAAAUCUACAUGAUCUUGCGGUCUUUGAGAUAUGUUCUGUGAAAUUUAGUCUGUUAUCAAUGAUUACCCCUAGAUGUCUGACUGUUCUGACUCCAUUCAAAUUUCUGUUGAUAAUUUUUUGGCUUUUGUACACCUUAUGGGUAAAAUAAUGUCCAGGUCAUAUUUCACCCCAAAAUCAAUCGUUUCCGUCAGUCAUUUUUUUUAUGGUGUUAUUCAACAACCACUUGCUUGAUCUACACAUAAUAGGUGUUGUUUUAAAGCUUAGACUCUUAUAUUUACAAUUAAUAAAGCUGAACUGACCAAUUCUAAAAUAUUGCUUGUAAAUUUGCUGAUAAAUUAGAACUGUUCCUUUUUAGAAUUCACAUACAGUAUUUGCGAUCACAACGAUCAUAUUUAGAACCAUCAAAAAGAUCACGCAGCCAUGUGUUAUAUAUCUUUGGAAAGGUCUUGAUUUGUAGAAUAUAAUUACCAAAUUUAUUUAACUCCAAGACCAAACUAUAGUGAGUACUAAUGUGUUUAAUCCACAUGUAUAAUAACAGAUAAACAGAAUUAUCGUAACAUUUUGGUUUGUUACUUCAUGAAAAAUAAACAUGAUAUAGGAAAUGGCAUAUCACAACUUACAACAAACGCUUCUAAAUCAAACAAGCCCAAAUUCAACGUAAUAAGAUGUGUAGAUACUGAAAUAUUUGAUAAAGAGUGUCAUGACGGCUACGGUGGGUAUCGCUAAUGGCGUCUCUUUACAUGAUCUUUCACAUCAUAGAUGUUUCAGAUCAUUCUCAUUGGAUCUCUAGAGAGUUAUAUUCUGUAUUUGGAAACAGGCAGAUCCCCACGUGGGUCAGCAGAGCUAGAGCGUUUAUACAUAGACUGCGCACAAGAGGGCGUUCAACGCACAUUUCUCGGAGUGAUGGAACAUGAACCCAAUGUGAUC